AUGUCGCCGCCGGCGAGCCACCGCCGCCGUUCUCGGCUCCUUAGCUGGCCGCUGCUGUUCGUCGCGAUCCUCGCGGUCCACUCGCUGGCAGUAUACCUCUUCACCCGCGGCUUCCUCCUCACCCGCACCGAGCUCGACCUCCACAGCAGCCGCGACGACCUGUCGCCGCAGGGCAACGUCUCCCCCGGGUGCGCCUCCUGGCCCCCGGCCGCCGUCGACCGCCUUGUCAUCGUCGUCCUCGACGCGCUGAGAUUUGAUUUCGUGGCGCCGAGUACCUUCUUUUCAGAGAAGCAGCCGUGGAUGGACAAGCUGCAGGUCUUGCAGAAGCUUGCUGCCGAUGAAAAGAACUCUGCAAGGAUCUUCAAAGCACUCGCUGAUCCACCAACAACUAGCCUCCAGCGCCUUAAGGCUCUCACCACGGGUGGACUUCCUACCUUUAUUGAUGUUGGCAAUAGUUUCGGUGCUCCUGCAAUAGUAGAAGAUAAUAUAAUGCAUCAGUUGGCUAAAAAUGGAAAGAGAGUAGUCAUGAUGGGGGAUGAUACAUGGAUACAGCUGUACCCUGAACACUUCAACAAGUCAUUCCCAUACCCUUCCUUUAAUGUUAAAGACCUUGACACAGUAGAUAAUGGUGUAAUUGAGCACUUGCUUCCAUCUCUUCACAAAAAUGAUUGGGAUGUUCUUAUUGCACAUUUUCUUGGUGUGGACCAUGCAGGGCAUAUAUUUGGUGUUGACUCAACCCCGAUGAUCCAGAAGUUGGAGCAAUACAAUCAAAUCCUGGAGGGUGUUAUUGACACAUUGAGAAGUCUAUCCAAACCUGGCGGUACCCAUGAGAAUACUUUGCUUUUGGUAAUGGGUGAUCAUGGUCAAACCCUGAAUGGUGACCAUGGAGGGGGAACUGCUGAAGAGGUUGAAACAUCGCUGUUUGCAUGGAGUCCAAGGACCCCACCAGAUGCAGUCUUAUCUGUUCUUGAUGAUAGUUCGUGCAAUGUUGAUCUGCACGGGAAAGAGGUCUGCGUAAGCACUAUGCAGCAGCUUGAUUUUGCGGUGACUAUAUCAGCACUUCUUGGCAUACCCUUUCCCUUUGGAAGCAUUGGCCGCGUAAACCCAGAAUUGUAUGCCUUGAGUACUAGGACAUGGGUAAAUCAAAGGAUGGGUACCAAUGCUUGUACCUCACAGGAUGAUCUAGAAGCAUGGAUGGGGAGAUAUACUGAAGUUCUAUGUGUAAAUUGCUGGCAGGUAAAGAGAUAUAUUGAUCAAUAUUCUGCCACUUCUGUUAUUGGAUUUCCAUUAGAAGACCUGCAACAUAUCACAGACCUAUAUUCAAGAGCUCAGGAAAAUUGGUCAGCUUCUCUGAUAACUACUUGUUCAUCAGAGACAGGUAGUCAAGAAAAAGUAGAGGGGAAAGGUUCAGUUCUGCUGCAGCAAAUUGAUGCAUACAAUGACUUCUUGCAGAGUUUUGCAAAGCUCGCUCGCUCUGCUUGGACAGAAUUUGAUUUAUGGUCAAUGGGCGUUGGUCUUUUACUUAUGAUAUUGUCAGUUAUCAUUCAGGCAUCCACGCUUGUAAAUAUGAACACCAUAAGCCAAUCUUCAGAUCAGAAAAGUUCUGGUUCAAGAAUCAUUCCUAGAUUUUCCCUUGCUUUUGCUUUAGUCGUGAUUCGAGCUGCUAGUUUCUUAUCGAACAGCUAUAUAUUGGCAGAAGGUAGAGUUGCAAAUUUUCUUUUGGCCACAAGUUGUAUCACCAGUGUGUGGCACUCAGUGCUGAAAGGGAACAUCAGCAUAGAAGACUUAGUUUUUCUUCUUUUAAAUAUUUUCACACGGUUUGGAAUUGAGGUUGGGAUGUCAAAACAAUUGCCUGCGCCAACAAUUACAAAGGAUCACCCUGUGAGCGUCAUUUGUAAAAUCCUUGGUGUUAAUUCUUGCAACAUCCUCUUGGAGCUAUUCCCCAUCAUAUCUCUAGCCUUUGUGGCUUAUAUUAUGUUGAAGUGCCUAUCCCGUGCAAUCUGUCAGAGGUUCUUGAAGUACUUUCUUUUGUGUGGAACGAUGGUGAGUUAUUUAUCUAUAGCGUUUCAUUGGGCUUCAGAGACUACUUUGUUUUCUCAUGCUGGGACUGUUCAAGAAUUUGGAAGAAGUUUAGCUCCUUGCAUUGUUUACGCUAUCGGAGGUCUAUCACUAGCCAUUUCUGCAUUUUCUCGGAUAUUUGGUCCAACUGUUCAUUUGAAGAUGAACAAAAGGAUAAUUAUUUUAUCGGCUGUCAUGCUUUGUUCUUGGAGUCCAACUAUUUUGAUCCUGUUGGGAAGGCAAGGUCCGUUUGUGGCAUUAAUUUCCAUGACAGGAGCUUGGUGUAUCGUAAAAUUGCAACAGAAACAUCAGAGAGAGUCAGAACUCUCUGUUGCUGACCCUGUUUCAGUGAUUCAGUGGAGCCUUCUUGCAGUUUGUCUAUUUUAUCUGACAGGUCACUGGUGUACAUUUGAUGGCCUCCGAUAUGGUGCAGCUUUCAUUGGUUUUGAUCAUUUCCAUAUCAUUCGACAAGGCUUUCUACUUUCCAUUGACACCUUUGGUGUUUCUCAUAUCCUGCCAAUUCUAAGCCUUCCAUUUAUUGCCAUAGUGUGGUACAAUACUACAUCCAAGGAUAAUGAACUGAAGGACGUCAUUCUCAACAAUAUUAAUAAGGUGCUCUUGAUGUAUGGUCUUAUAACAGCAAUCACUGCUACGCUAACAAUCAUAUGCGUUGCUAUUCAAAGGCGUCACUUAAUGGUUUGGGGUUUGUUUGCUCCAAAAGGAGGAGCUCAUCUUCGUGCUCCUUGGACAUGCAGCCUGCAGGUGGGGAAGAGAAUAGGCGACUCUGCAGCAGAAGGGAGGAGGAAGCAGCAAGCAGCAAGGAAGAUCCACGGAUGGGCUGCUUGGAUUGGAACUGGAAGGGAGGGAGGAGAGAGUGAGAUGCACGCAACAGGGAAGAGAUGGAGCUCAGCUGCACACACAACGGGAGUGAGGAAUACUGAGGACUGA